AUGUCCGCAAUUCUUAAACAACGCGUCCAGUAUAAACCACUCCUCGAUAAGCUCCGUACCCCCCAGGAGCUUGUCCCCCUCUUCAAGGACAACAUGUACAUUGGCUGGUCUGGUUUCACCGGUGUUGGUGGCCCUAAGGCUGUCCCUACUGCUCUCGCCGACCAUGUUGAGCAAAAUAACCUCAAGGGUAAACUCGGAUUUAACCUCUUUGUCGGUGCUUCCGCUGAUGUCGACAUUGAGUCCCGCUGGGCUGAUCUCAAUAUGCUCCGUCGUAGAGCUCCUCACCAAGUCGGUAAACCCAUUGCUAACGCUAUCAAUGAUGGCCGCACCCUCUUCUUUGACAAGCAUCUCUCAAUGUUCCCCCAAGACUUGACUUAUGGCUUCUACACCCGUCACAAACAAGAUAACCCAUACCUCGAUAUCUCCAUCAUUGAGGCUACCGGUAUCGCCCCAGAUGGUUCUCUCAUCCUCGGUCCCUCAGUCGGUGCCUCCCCAGAACUCAUCUCCUACUCAAACAAGGUCAUUAUCGAAAUCAAUACAAAACUCCCUUCCUUUGAGGGUCUCCAUGACAUCACCCCAGUCAUCAACCCUCCCUUCCGUACCCCCUACCCCAUUGUCAAGGCCACUGACAGAUUUGGCUCCCCAACCCUUAAAAUUAACCCAGACCAAAUCGUCGCCAUUGUCGAGUCUACCACCCUCGACAAGGUCCCUGAAAAUACCCCCUCAGACGCAAUGUCCCAGGCAAUUGCCCACCACAUUGUCGAGUUCCUUGAGCAGGAAGUCAAGGCCGGCCGUCUCCCUGAUAACCUUCACCCUCUCCAAUCCGGUAUCGGUAACAUUGGCAAUGCUGUUGUCGAAGGCCUCGCUACCUCAAACUUCAAGGACCUUGAUGUCUGGACUGAAGUUCUUCAAGAUGGUUUCCUUGACUUCCUCGAGUCUGGCAAGAUUCUCUCUGCCACAGCUACUUCCAUCCGUCUGACCCCAGCUGGUUUCGACCGUUUCUUUAAGAACUGGGAUGACUUCUCCAGCCGCCUCAUUCUCCGUAACCAAACCAUUUCAAACCACCCUGAAGUCAUUCGCCGUCUCGGUGUCAUUGCCCUCAACACUCCUGUCGAGGUCGACAUUUACGGCCACGCAAACUCUACCAACGUCAAUGGUUCCCGUAUGCUCCACGGUCUCGGUGGCUCCGCUGACUUUUUGCGUAACGCCAAGCUCUCCAUCAUGCACACCCCCUCCGUCCGCAAAACAAAGGUCGACAAGUUUGGUCUUUCCACCAUUGUCCCCAUGGCUACCCACGUCGACCAGACCGAACACGAUCUCGACAUCAUUGUCACCGAACAAGGUCUCGCCGAUCUCCGUGGUCUCGCCCCCAAGGAGCGCUCCCGUGAAAUUAUCAAAAAGUGCGCCCACCCUGCCUACAAGGAUCUCCUCCUCGACUAUGUCACCCGUGCUGAGUCCUACACUGCUAAGCACAAGUCUCUCCACGAGCCUCACAUUCUGCGCGAUGCCUUUAAGUUCCACACAAACCUUGAGGACAAGGGCACCAUGAGACUUGAAUCUUGGGAUUAA